CACGCCGGGGAGGGCUUCAGGUGCUAGUCGAACGAGCCCCCGACCGUGGGCUCUCACCGCUGCUGUGUCAAGGGCUGGGCCCGAUGAGACUGCCACGGGCGCACCCGCCGCGGUCCUGCGCUCCGGGGCGCGGGCAGUGGAGAGCCCGCCUGCAGUUGGGGCCGUAGUGAGUGGGUGCGGGGACGGGAAUUACAGAGUCCUUUGAGGGUGUAGGGAAGCUGUGACGGUCGGGGCGAAGGCCCCUUUGGAGGAAGUGACUCUGCACCGUGACCCGAGGGGAGGAGCGGGGGGGGAGCUGGGGACAGCAUGGCAGAGCCUCCUCGGAGUGGACCCUCAGGACCUGACUUCUGGGAGGGACUUCUUGAGAGUGUUGUGGGUGCUAGGUCCUGGAAGGGACCUCGUGAGGCCUGUUACGGACUCAAGUUCCCCCCAGAGUAGCUUCAGCCCAUGUCCACCUAGUUUCCGCCGUGAGUUAAGCACUUGCUCUUUUCCCUCCUCAACUCCAGGUUGAUUGUCCUUAGGGAGCAAGGUGUAAGUAAAACUCAAUGCAUGAGGGAGUUGAGAACCGGAGGGACGAGUUGAAGCUCUUGGGGAUAGUGUCGUCAACUAACGUGAUUUAGUGCCUCGUAACGGUUUUGUGUAUGUCAACAAGUAUACUCAUUCCAUGAAAUUGUGGCCCAACUUUUUGCAGACAUUUGUGUAAGUUGAAUAUGGGAAAACCCUGUCAACGUGAGUCAGAAUGGUUUUAAUCAAACCUGAAUUCUGGGUGAGCUUUUUCAAGUAGGAAAUUAAAGGACCAAGAAACAGUCGCUGUCAUAAUGGAUCCUGAAGGAGCUGGUACUUGUACUCAAGCUCCUUUUUGCUGAAAGGCAGCAAGAAUUUGUGAUGCUUUAGUGCUCUGCAGGGGCCCAGGAUGACUUGGGCAUUGAAUGCUUCCCACAGAGCAUGUUUAUUUUCUUAGCGGUGAUCUAUCUGCCAUCUGUGUUUUGGACACUUCCUCAUAAUGGAGUUCCCUGAUUUGGGGAAGCAUUGUUCAGAAAAAACUUGCAAACAGCUAGAUUUUCUUCCCUUAAAAUGUGAUGCAUGUAAACAAGAUUUCUGUAAAGACCAUUUUACUUGUGCUGCACAUAAAUGUCCCUUUGCAUUCAAGAAGGAUGUUCAGGUCCCAGUGUGCCCACUUUGUAACAACCCUGUCCCAGUAAAAAAGGGAGAGAUACCAGAUGUGGUGGUUGGUGAGCACAUUGAUCGAGACUGUAACUACCAUCCUCGGAAGAAAGAGAAGGUAAGGACAAAUUAUGUUUACUCUGUGAAUGUGGGUUUUCCCGUAGGGUGGAAAAGGCCGAUUAUCUAAGUAUGAUCUGUAGUCCUAAUCAACUGUGUACAAAAAUAAAACCUUAGUGAUGUGUCAGUGUUUUCCCAUGUUGUGAUGGCUUAGGUUCUUAAAGUUACAUGAACAUACUCUUGAAUAUUAGAGUCUGUAUUAGGAUUUGCUUCCCUUAUAGGAUUCUUAGGUUUUUCUCUCCAAAUGGAGAGUUAAUGUGGUUUCUAGAACCAUUCUAGUUUUUUUUGUUGUUUUUUUUAAAAGAUUUUAUUUAUUUGACAGAGCACAA